AUGGAACAAAGAAUUAAGUUACUUUUUUUUAUUAAGUUUUCAAAGUUUAUGCUUUUAAUAUGGAUAUGUCAUUUUUACAAUGAUAUAAGCUCCUUUAACAAUAUUUUGGAAGAUAAUUUAAAUCUUAUUAGAAAAUUAGAAAUAAGAAAUUACCGAUUACUAGCAAAAUAUAAAAAGAAAAAGGAUUUAAAUAUUGUAUCGUUAAAGGAAGAUAUAGCAGACAACAGAGAGUGCGAGAAAAAAGCAAUAUAUAAUAAUGAAAAUGUGUUCAUAAAAAAAAAGAAACAGUCUAAUAGAUGCCCAUUAAAUAAGGCGCAAUACUACACAGAAUUUGUGGAUUAUAAUAAUGGAAUUUUUGAUGGAAAAUAUUUUCAUUUUGAAAAGAAAUGGAUUAAGAAAAAAGAUUAUGAUUCUUUUCUUGAAAAAAAAAGGAGAAUGAGAGAUAUAAAAUUAAAAAAAAUCAAAUUUAGAAGUUACGGAUUUGGAGUUUUCAUAUUUUUUCUUUUUUUCUUGUUUGGAAUAGGAUUACCCAUAUUAUAUGGAUUAAAUUAUUUGGAAAAAGUGUUAUCACCUUUGGAUAGUCUUCUACAAUCAGAUGGAGGGGACGCAAAAAUGUAUUCUUUUCUAAUACUAUUUGGAAUAGUUAUCAUUAUAUUAUCUGUAAUAAUUUUAGUAUCAAUUCCUAAAAUCUUAAGAAAUAAUGAAAAAUAUAAAAAAAUUAAGUAUAUGACAGAGCGAAAUGAAUAA